GUUGUUACCGGCGUAUUUCGUCUGGUGCGCACACCGUCCUCAGCUGUUUCUCACUGCAUGGACGCGUGAUACAUACGGGAAUUGUCAUGAAAUGCAUGUAUAAUGAAAUGUGGUGUACGUGCAUGACGUGUGUGUCGGCGAGCAAGCAAACAACAACUGUUUGGGCUAGCCUAGCCCAGUUCGCCAUUUAAAUAAAUCAUUUUGCCCAAUGUGUGAUAUUUCGUAACCUAGAUUUGUUGUCGUGGUGGCUGGUUGGAGCCUCUUGUAUUACUCUUGUGCAACAAUUCUCAGUUUCAACAGCAUCAUUCCAUUUUUUGCAGGCGGCAUCCAUGGGAUGACGAAACUGGACAGAUGCAAUGUGACUUUGAAUGUGAUCGAUAUUUGCUCUUUGGAUUCAAAAAGGGUUGUGUCUCCAUCCAGUUUACAUAGUGCAGGAAAUGGCAUGUGGAUUGCUGCACACAUCAGCUAUGCCAGUUGACGCACUCUUUUGUCUGGGCACCAGCCCGCCUGUGCCUUCGCUUCUCUUGUCUCAGAGAUACACAACGACCUCAUUCAUGUACAUUGCUGAUAAAUCUGCUAAUUGCAGACCGUCGAUAGAUCAACAAAAGCUUAGACCUUGCCUCCGUGGAGAAGGACAGCAAAACAUGAAGCGCAAGGAAAAUGAUACCGCGAGGGACUGCCAAACAACAGUAGACUUUGCUCCUAAACCUUGCGAAGACAUUGGCUUGGGAGACCUCUCCAUAAGUGAUGAUAAUGUUAGGGACGCUAAGCAAAGCCAGGGAUCUAUCGGCACGCCUCUCAGGAAAUCAGCUAAAAAAGUUUCAUUUGCAGACAGCAAGGGAUUUGCCUUGGAAGAUGUACGCGUCAUGGAUGGCCCAAGUAAUGUACCACCUGUAUUGAAAUCCAGGUUAUUGCAGGAAAUCAUUCAAGACGAGAAACCGGAGCUCUUUCACACCUACACUUAUGUGGUGGAUUUUGAGCAGCCUGCCGCGAACUACCUUCAGUUUAGAGACAAGCUGGAGAAAAACAGUGUCUGCCUGGAGAAUGUACUUGUAAAAGACAAUACCACAGUGAUGGGGACGGCAAAAGUGAAGAACCUUUCUUUUGAGAAAUCGGUGAGUGUAAGGGUCACCGUCAAUGGCUGGGAAAGCUACAAAGACAUUGGGGCAACCUAUGUCCAAAGGAACCAAGAGGGGCAGAAAGAUCGCUAUGAUAGUUUUUCCUUCACUUUUGAUAUCCCUCAAAAGAUGAAAGGAGAGACAAUAGAGUUCUGUCUGUGCUACACUUGCAAAGGGAAAUCAUUUUGGGACAGUAAGGGAGGGGAGAAUUACAGGAUCAUUUCUCAACACGAGAAAAGCUUAACGGAACAGCAGAAGAUGGCAUCUUACUACAGCCUCAGUAGCAAGUCAAACUGGACCGACUUCUCAUACUGGAAGUUGAUAGAUGAGAGACCGUACUGGUGACAUAAGGCACACCAGGGUUCACAGAGCAAAGUUCACUACUACUAAAUAAGUCAGAGAAAGAAAGAAAAAAGUGCACAAAUUGUGUAUUAUUUGAAGGGUUCUCUGAAGAGAAUCUACAACUAAAUGCCUAUUUGUAUGGAAUAGCUAGAACGUUUCUGCUAGACUCAAGUAAAAUGUUAUCCCCAACGCUAUGAGUUCAGGCUGAAAUUUAUGUGCUUGCAAAUAAUUGUUGCAUCAGCAGAAUACAGCGCUGUUCCAAAUAGCUUGAUAUGAUGUUUCGUUUGUCCAGAGACUGACUUGCGGAUCAAUUCCUCUUUUGACAUUAAAUGAACAGUGAACACGUUGCCUUGGAUUGUUCGAGCUGUGUUCGAGUUGGUCUAUGAAAAGAGUAUAAAACUGUUUUAUUAUGAGUUGCAUGUAAGAGAUGUUAACUUUGCAUCGGGGAUAAAGAAUAUUAGUUUUUGGUUUUUACCCAUACACCGAUGUGUGUUAGCACUGUAUACUCGGUACUUUCCUGAGUCUUGUGAAAAAAAUUAAUUGCAUGGUUAGAAUGAUAAUAUUAAAGUAGAAUGUAAUAAUCCACACAAACAUGCCUUAAAACUGCAGAGUUUUCCUUUAAUGCCGUGAACAAACACUGUUGGCCAUUUUGUGGGGUCAAAAUUUUGACGCCAUGAAAUGGCUGAUCGUGCUACAUGUAGUUUGCGACGUAAAAGGAAAAUCAUGUAAUUUUGAGCCAUGUUUGUGUGGAUCAAUAUGUACUACUUUUCAAUUGUCUAUCAACCAAUUAUAACAAACUGUUUUAUACCCUUUUCAUAGACCAUCUUGACCGAUCCAAGACAACGUGUCCUUUUGAGACAAAUAUCAAGAUCUGUGAAACAUUGUACACAGUUCAAAGUGUGAUGUGCAUGAUUUUCAUAUGUGGAAAUGUUCAAGCUUGUGCCCUGUUUUUGUCUAGCAGUUUACAAUGAACCCUGCAAGCCUUUCCAUAGCUUUUUUUCUUGUUGGCUUGUUUAGUAUUGUUCCUCCUAAAAAGUGACACUGUGAGCAUGAACCCUGGUGUAGUGUUGUUUAAACCUUCACUAGUAGACUUACUGUUAUAAAGCAAUAUUGUAGAAUACAUACUUGUUGUAUAUAACAAAAGUGGGCCAUUGGUGUCUGAAUAUAUUAAAAAUUAUACAAAUUAUAAAUAUAGUUUGAAAUGAAAUGAACAGAAAUAGAUUGUGUUUUGGGAAUAGUAUCUGAGAAAUUAAUUUUUACCAAAGAUAUAGAAUGGAGAAAGAGUCCAUCAUGAUAGUCGAGAACAAUUUAUUAAUAUUAGAUAUGUAGUGAUGAAAAUUAAUUUGUAGUAGGAUAAAGCAAGUAUGUAUUCCCUUUUUGGUGUGUCAAACAAUCUAAUAUAUAUUUUUGAGUGAUAAAUAAUAAUAAUACAUUUGCUGUCAUUCAGAUCAAUGCACUCAUCAAAUGCACUGUAAAAAAUUUCUGUGAUAUGCGAGGCAAAAACUCACAAGUUUCGUGAAAUCGGCUGCUGAUGUUGCUCUGCAAACUCAUGCAUUUGUAUUUAACAGAAUGCAAUCCAUUCAUUGUAUUGUAACCAGAAAUAUUGUAAAAUACUGCAAGGGUUACAUGUUUUGCCAAAAUGAGUUACAAUUCAACACACAUUGUCAAGUAGUGAGGUGUUAACCUUUUGACCAUGUUUCAAGGUCCAGUUCUAUUUUCUUCCUCAAUAGUUUAACACAGCCUUCAAAGCCUUCAAGGCAGUUUGACCUCCAAACGGAAUUGCUGUGUUUCUGAAAUAGUUGGGCAAAAUCAAUAAAAUAAAAUAAAAUCUUCAGUUUCCGGUUACAUACAUUACCGUAAUUCUGGUAAUUUCAUAAUAAAAACCUUGAAUGUUUUUCUUGAAAGCCAUACAAUUAUACUUUCUAUAUUUAAGUAAACAACACUUAUGUAAGGGCACAUUAGCAAAAGUAAAAUGUUAGCCACGGCAAUUGCAAAGCCUUGUAUUUACCAAGUUAUUAUAAUUGGACCUUGGUACCAUGUAGUACAGUGGUACAUUUACGUAAGAUUAUACAAUGGCUUAAAGCUUACUCUUAAGGUAUGUGAUCUGUGCUAUUGUGGAUGAUCGUAACCUUAGAACUGUUCUCCCUUAAGUGUGCUUAGGUAUUACAUGUUCUUCACUGGAAUCCAUGCCAUGUAUACGUAGUUCUUUGUAAAAAUGAAGUCUAACACUGUCCUUGUCACUGAAUGAAAAGUUUGGACUCGCAUAAGAUUUGUACUGUAACAUCGAGCCAUCAUGCUCUCAUUGGCUAUGGAAGGGGUAGGGUCACAAAUAUUAACGUUUUCGUCGGGGUUAAAACUGAAGGACCUUGUUCUAUUUUGAUUUUUUCUAAGAUUCAUGUACAUUAACACCUUAUAUUGUUUCACAGUUGUUCCUAGCUGCAUAGGCCUACUUCAUGUUUAAGUCAAGGCCUUACCUUUGCAAAAUGUUGUAGAAAGUUAAUGGCACAGCUCAAUAAGGGAAGUAUAUUCUACUGGAACAAUUCAAAGGGGCACCAGGGCAAUGACCGAUUGGGCAGUUUCGAGCCUGAAAUUCUGUGCAAUGUUUUAUUUGAGUAAGUUCAACUCUGAUUUGUGUAAAAUAUUAGUAGGAGCACAAGUGCAGUCACUUAUUGAAGUUUCAAACAAUUUUGAAUGAUGGAUUUUUUUUAAUUUUUUUUUUAAAAGUCUUUUUAACAGUCAGAUUGACACUAAAUUACAUAUUGAAUGUGAUGGUGCAGUUUAAAAGGACAACUUAUUUCUCUGUUGUUACAGAAGUCACAUGUCACUAGUAUGUAAUGCGACAAUGAUAUUAACUUAAAGUUACUGUGUCGUCAUAUCAAAGCAGCUGUGUGGCUGUUACAUGUACAUGGUGAAACUGUGAAUGCUCACCUGGUUAAAGGUACAGCAUGUGUGCUCUCGAUACAUGUAGAUAUACAGAGGAGCGCAUGCAGUAACUUGGUAAGAUAUAAAAAUUUCAUGAUGUACAGCCACAGGCCUGCUUUGAUCUUGACGAGAUAUAGCCCCUUUCAGAAAAGGAUGCCCAAAACAAUCACAUUGUUUGUUAAUUUAAAAGAGUUUUCACUUAAACUUGUGUUUCUGGUUGUGGUUAUAAGUCAACACUUUAAUGUUUGAAUAUAUGAGCACUUUCAAUUUGUGAAAUCUAAUUCUACCCCUGUGGUGAAAUCAAAGCGCUAAAUGGAGUUAUAGGCCUAUUGUUUUUCAGGUUCAGGGCUCGAAUUUUGAAGAAACACAAAUUCACAGGACCACAAAGCUUGUUGAUAAAAAUGUUUACUGGUACAUGUAGCUUAUUUACUGGACCAAAGUUUUGUGUGCAAGAUAAGAAUCAAAAUGAGACCUGUUUCCUAGCAACAUGCAUUUUAAUGUUUUCAUUUCUAAGACAUAAAAGAAAACUAAUAUCGUUGAAAGAUAAAAAAACAAAGGAUCCAAACUGUGCUUUACUCGUUACGUAUUAUGAGUCAAGCGUAUAUACAGGUUAGCAACAAAAUUUCUCGGUGAAGAAUUUUUCAGUGUAGAAAUUUGAAACCAACUGUGUGCAAAGGUGGAGGGGUUUCUAUAGGCAACUGAGCCAAUUUAUAAUUAGUCCAAUUUGGUUUUGAAAAAACACUUUGAUUUUUAAAACUACUCGAUACACAUAAUGUACGUAUGCAUAAAUACAUUUUUUUUUAUUAAAAUGAUAUGGAUUUUAGAGGGAUGUUCCUGUAGAUAACAGAUACAAUUUUUGUUAAAGACAUUUUAUGGAGUGAUUCGGUAGUGUAAAGUUACACAAAGGUAAAUACUGUCAGAGGCAUUACGAUAUAUAAGAGUAGCAGGGUCAUGAUUUAUUGAUUUUUGUCUGUGCCCAAAAAUCAGAAUUAUUUUUUUUCGACAGCUGUAACUAAAAACUUGUAAAUAUAGUGUGACGAACUCAGCCAACUGUACAAUAAAAGGCAAAGUUACAUGAGGCAAAAUGAAA